AAAUGGCGCCCCGCCCGGAAUGUUUAUUUUCUUAGGAGAAAAUCCAAAAGAAUUGCUUGAAUUGAGCCAAUUAUCUUUCAUUCUUGACAUUUAGCAAACGAACUAACGCCAUUAUGGCGCCAUUAGAUUGGAACAAGGUGAUGGCAGUGAACCCGGAGGAGAUGGAAGAGGAUGACGCUGAUGCCAUUCUCGACCUUUUGGGAGAGUAUGAUCCAGAAGAUGAAGAAGACACUGCCAGAUUGAAGCAGCUCUUUAGGGUCACACAGGCUGUCAUGGUAAUCAAAGGAGAGGAGGCUAAGGUUUCUAUGGAGGAGCUUGAGAAACAGGCUAUGGCAGCUGGUCAGGGAGAUGCCACCAGAGAACAACAUCUCUUGGACCAGGUUAAAGAUCUUGAAGAUGAAUUGAAAGAUCUCAAGAGAUUUGGCACAGAUGCCCCAAGGGAUACAAAAUUCAUUCGAGAAGAGAUGCAGGAUCUUGAGAAACAAGUUGACAUGUUACAGGAGGACUUAAAAAGUGCGGAGCGAGAGCUCGGUAAUGAAAAACAACAAGGAGAAAGGUAUGCUUCAAGAGUUGAAGAACUUGAGAAAGAAGUCAUUGAAGUUAAGAGAGAGAAUGAUCAACUCCGUGAUGAGAUCCGUGAUUACCAGAACCAGCUUGAUUCUGUGCGUGAGCGUAUACAGGAACGACGUGGUGUGGAUUCUGACUGGAAAGAGAAGAUCGCCCGAAAAAACCGUGAAUUGGUUGAAGCAUUGGAAGAAGUCAACAAUUUGACAACUGCCAAUUCCAAGAUAAAUGAUGAGUUCACUGGCCUCAAAAAGGAUUUGGAAGAUGCGACCAAGCAGAUAGAACGAACCACUUCUGAGUACUCGAAGAUGAAAGCGGUCAUUUCAAAGUCUGACGAGGUCAUUGAUGGGAUGAGGAAGGAGAAUGAGAUUCUAAAGACACAGGUUUCUGAUCUUACAGAGCAGGUUCGCUCGAAAGCAGACGCGGACGAUGACAUCAUGGUGGCUGUGAACAACAAGGUGGAAGAAUGGAAGAGUAUUCUAGCAGACAAAGAUGCUGAAGUCUUAGAAUAUCAUCAGCAAGUCCGCAGACUGAAAGAGCAGCUUAUGUCGUCGAAUAUGGACACUGAGAAAACGUCGGUCGCUGUCUUGACCAAAGCGUGCGGUGAACGUGAUAAGCAGAUAGAGCUUCUCCGCAAUCAAUUAGACCAAGCUACAGGUGAUAUCGAGUUGAAUCUAGGGAUAAUCGAUGAUCUCAGAAAUGAACUGAACAAAGCUGGUAAAGGUCCAGGAGACAAACAGAUGCUGAAGAUUCGCGAGCAGCAGAACAAGCUGACCGACAUGAAGGAGAGGCUGGACGAUGCUGAGAUGAGGAUGCGGGAAGUAGAAGAUGAUGCGGUGGAUAAAGAUAAGCUGCUGAAUGAUGCGAUUGAGAGAAUGAGGCAGUACGAAGCGGGAGAAUAUGGUCUGCCAGACGCUGUACAAGAAAUCAAGGAAAAUAAGCUACAAGUCAAUAUUAGAGACAGGCAAAUCGAGGAAUUGACCCAGUUUGUGAACAAGUGUGAACUGAAGAUUAAUGAUUUGUAUGAUGAGAAUGAGCAGCUUCGUGAACGCCUCAAUCUUGAGCCGGCAGCACCCAUCGAUCUUGGUACAUUCAGAAGGAACAAGAGUGCCCAGCAACAGCAGGAUAGGGCCCUUAAUCAGGUGUUACAAAAGGAGGUUGAAAGGCUUGAAGAGGAGAGAGUCGAUUUGAAAAAGGAAAUCAGGAGACUAGCACAAAUGAAUGGACAGAGAGCCGUCGCUAUUGGUCUGACCCAUGACGACAUGCUCAAGAUCAAUGACUUCACCGAGGAACUGAAGGCCAAGAACAAGGCUCCGUCUGGCAAGUCUGGUCGAUUGAUCAGAGAUGAUAUUGAGAUGGAUGAGCUGAGAAGCAGGAACAAGGCCUUAGUUGAAGAAAUGGAUAAAAAUGUGCGAGAAGUUGAGAAAAUCCGCCAAGAAAAUGCAGAGUUCCGACUAAAGCAUAAAAGUGAUGAUGAUCAGAACAAGAAACUGGAAUCUGGAUUAAGAGAGAUUAGAGAGCAGAUUAUGGAUUUGUCAGCGAGUCCUGGAGGAGAGAUAAACCAAAUUGACUGCCCUAUUCUGGAAAAAAUGUUAGCUGCAAUAGAUGCCAAACAUAUGACUGGGGACUACGACACCUCCUUGUACCUGCAAGCGAGGGUUAACAACCUGGAGGGUCGAAACGAUGAGCUGAGGAAGGAACUGAGAGAGAGUCGAUAUGAGUGUACUAAGGCCAAAGUGGACUAUGAAAAGAGUCAAGCAAAGACUGAAAAACUUGAAGCCGAUCUACAGGCUAUCAGGGAUCUUGGUGCCGGCAUUGGAGGACCAGUCAACGCAAUGUCGCUGCCGGAGAACAUGGCCGUGACCAGCGCAGACGUCAUCUCGAGCCUGAACGAGCAUCUGGUCCUCGUGCUACAGGAGCUCCACCUGAAGGAGGACAUUGCACAAAGAAUGGAGGACGCCAUGGAAAAGUAUAAACGCAAGUUCGCCCUGAUCAGACAUCAACAGGGACUGCUCUAUAAUGACUACAUCAAUGAUAAAAGGGAAUGGGAGGAGGAGAAAAAGAAGUUUGAAGAAGCCGCUCAAGUUACAGAUGGUCGUCUGGAGGAGGCAACAACAAGGUUACAAGAAUUUGAUCGACUGGUGGACACUCUCUCUCAAGAUGAAUCGGAAGUUCGAAGACGAGUCUCGGAGACGACCCGAAAGGUCACCGUGCUGCGAGUAAAUGAGAAAGCUCUCACCAGGAGGUACAACGCCAUGGUCGAGAUGGAAACGGCCCACAGGAGGGAGAAUAAUCGCUUGAAGAACGAGAUGAUCCAGUGUGAGAGAGCUGUCAUGGAAAGGAUCGGCUAUUUACAAAGAUACAAGGAUAUGGCCACCUUCAAACUUGCUCACCUCCAGAGAGCCCUGGACGAAUCAGUGCCCAGCGCUGACCUCGACCAUGCCAACCGACAAUACAAUGAGCUGACAGAGAAAUACCGUGACCUCCUCGAGAAGGGUAACUCGUUAGUGGCACGAUCAGAAGAGUUGACAUCGCUGGAGGAGGAUGUGAAGUACUUGAGACUUGACAAUAACAAUAUCAAGAAGUUGCUUGAGACUGAGAAGGAGAGGACGCACACGUAUGAGGCGGCAUUGGAUGAGCUUAGGAAGCAAGGCAUCAGAGGCGAUGCAGCAUUGUCUGAUAGUAACGUGAUCGCAACAUCGAGAAAGAUCACGACGCUUGAAAUGAAGGAAUUGAACGAACGCCAGCGAGCAGAUCAUGCCCAGCGGAUGUACGAGCAAUACAAGAUGACAGUGAGAGACCUUGAGCAACGAAACCUAGAACUGGAACAGAAAUUUGCUGAGCUGACAAAAAUGAGUCUUGAAAUGCAGAAAGUUGAGCGCGAUCUUCGGGACGAGUUAUCAGACUGUGUGACGAAGGAAGUAAGCAAUGCAGAUAGGAAGAGGAUCAUGGCGCUGGAAGAGGAGUCAGUCAAUCUGAAAUCUGAGGUCUCAAAACUCAAGGAGAUUGCGGAAAUCGGAAGUACACAGGCAAAGACGCUUGAAGCACUGCAGGUCUCCCGUGAUAAGGAGGUGAUGUCGUUACGGCAACAACUGUUGGAUAUUCAACAGCAGAGUGAUGAGAAAACCAUCAUAGGAAAACUUCAUCGGCAGAUUGUCCUUCUUCAAGUCAGUGAAGGUACAGCAGUCAGGAAGUGUGAAGACGCCAAGAAAAAGAUCACAAAACUUGAAGCGCAACUGCUGCGGCAGGAGCAGAAGGUAGAUGAGAAAGAGCAGACGAUAUACCAUAACAAGGUGGAGAGCAGGAGCAAGGCUAAACAUCUCAAGAGGACCAUCCAGUCUUUGAGACGUCAGUAUAGUGGCGCAGUUCCACUCACCAAGCAGGAGAAGUUCAGUAAGAUCAUGGUACAGCUUCAGGAGGACAAGAAAAAGAUGCAAGUCGAACUGAAAGAGAUCCAUGACCAGAAGAUCACCUUAGAAGAUGAGUUGGCGCAGAUCGAACUGAAACACGAGAGUCUACAGGACCUGAUGGUGACUCUGAAAGAUGGUAAGGGAGCCCAGAAAGUGGCCGAGUGGCACAGUAAGAUGGAAGGCCUGAGACUGGAGGAGCUCAAACAGAAGAGGCAGAUCAACAGGCUUCAACACCAGAUCAAGUACCUGGAAGGAGUGAUCAAGGCCAAUGAGAACACCAUCAGCAGCAUGGAGGAGGAUGGUGUCAAGCUGGCCAAGGACUUUGAAGAGCGUCAACUCCAGUGGGAGCAGAGGGAGGUGGAGUUGGAGAGAAUGAUUGCCAGUAUGGAGCAGACGCAGAAUGAGAUUGCUGGAGCAGCGUCUGAGUUUGAGACUGCUGCCGGCUGCUUGCCCGACCCGGCACUGCCGAUCCCUAACCAGUUAGAACACGCCAUAGCUACCAUCAAGAGGAAUGUAAAGACUAUCCUAGACACACAGGCGGAAGCCAAGACACUUAGAAAGAGAAAUACCGAAGUUGAACACCUACUCAAAGAAACAGAAAGAAAUCUGAUGACUCGCGACAAAAUAAUCAAUGAGCUGCGAUUGCGUAUGCCUGCCUCAUCCGACAGAGAUGAGAUCAUCAUGAAGGCCACGGCCAAGGCUACAUCGACUAUGAGGCAUCCGGAUGAUGAUUAUGAAAUGACCCACGCAUUGAGUAUUGCUCAGUCAACAGUUUCUAGUCUUCAGGCUAGGGUGAAUCAGAAAGAUGAAACUAUCCAUAAAUACCAGGAUCUCCUGAAGGCAGCCCGUGAAGACAUCAAGGAGAUGAACCGACGGCAUGAGGAGGAGUUGCAACUCAUGCAGCAGAAACUUCACAGCAGAAGUGAUGCAGCGUUCCUCAAGUUUAAACAGGCGGCUGAGGAGCUGAUCAACAAGCAGUCACCCGAUCUUCCCACCAACAAACAGCUUGCCCGCUUGAAUGAGCUUGAGGAUACAGUUGCCGAGCAAGACAAUGCUGUCGCCGCCCUGGUGGAGAGGUUGAAAAACGCCAAGCGUGAGAUAGAAGGUUGGAAACAAAAAUAUGACGAUAAUAUCAAGCACUACGAAGCGGAGAAGGACAACAUGAUGUCGGAGCACCAGACUGAAAAGAACGAACUAAACGAAAAGAUUAACAAGUUGACUCGUGAGAUUGAUGCCCUACGGAAAGAAAUCGAAGAGCUAUCCCGAGAGUGUGAGAUGCAACGGCAAGCCAACGAACGAGCUCCGACCACAACCAUGAAAAAUAUGGUGGAGAGACUGAAGAAUCAGCUGGCUUUGAAGGAAAAACAACACAAGGCAUUGAGCAAGGCUCUGAUUGAUAUCCGGGGAGACAUGGCCACCCAGGCAGAGGUGUGCGUCAAGGCAACGGCCCAGGAACAAGCGGCUGAUGCAAACGUACAGAAGCUUGUUGCCAGACAUACCAAGGAGUUGCAGGAUGAGGUCGAAAUUCUCCGGGGACAGAAUCUCAAGUGCAAACAGCAAGUCAAGAAAUGUAAAGAAAAGGAGAACCUGCUGACAUUGGAAGUUGAAGAACUUCAGCAAAGUCUCAAUAAAAGGGACACCCAUGUAACCAAACUGAAACAAGAGAAACAGAAGCUGGAGCUGGAGAUCGAGGAACUUGAGAAGAAAUUGGAGCGAUUAAGGGCGGCAAAGAAAGGUGGCCCAGCUGAGGAGCAAUAUAAACAAGAAAUGGAAGAGAUGAGGAGGAAGGUCCGUCUGCUCGAGGAUGAGCUCAAACGCAAGAAGCUGCAGGCCGAGAAACCGUAUGAGAAGGCUGAAGAGACAGUUGCCAAAUGGGAGGAGACAAAGAAACAACAAAAAGCAAUGGCAAGACUAAAACAACGCUUGACAGAAAAGGAACAAGAGAAUGAAAAACUUUCGAAACAAGUUGAGCUGACAAAGCAUGCACUUAACAGGGCCAACAAGGACAAAGAGGGAAUGGAGGGGAGGCUACGUCGUGUGCCAGAAGAGAAGAUCACUGCCAGCGUUGCCAUGAGAGCACACUCGGCCAAACCUGAUCACGAGGAACAAGAUCUCAAGAGAAGAAAUUACGAAUUGGAAGAAGAGCUGAGUGAAGUGAAAGCCCAGCUUGCUCUUGGUCCUGGGGCUGCACUAGAACAGGUCAAUACAAAGAACAAAUUUCUCAAAGAGAAAUUGGAGGAUCUCGAAAGGCAGACGGCUAGAAGAGCUUUGCAGGGUAUGAGUGGGUCUGAACAGGAAGCAGCAUACAGACAGCUCCUUGAGCGGGAACAGAAGCUUCACCGGCAAUACAUUAAACUGUCCGAGGAGAAUAUCGAACUCAAGUUUGAGAAUGAACAAAUGGGCAAAGACCUACCAAGGUUGAAGGAACGCAUCAAAGAUUUGCAGCAGUAUGCGGAGGUUCUGAAGCAUGAGAAUUCUGAGAUGAAAGGCACAUCAAGGUCGCUUGGAUCAUUUGGGUCUUCGUCUACUGGUCUUCGCAGGAUUGGAGACAGUGGUAAAAGUACCAAGGAACUUGAAAAAACGAUUCAACUAUUGAAAAAGGUGGUCGAGCGAGUUCAAUCUGAGAAUGAGCGACUGAAGAGGGCACCUGGUCCUGCAAGUGAGGAUGUAAUGGCUGGUCUAGAAGUAGAAAAUCAUGGCUUGAAGAUUCAACUAGAUGACCUGCGGCAGAAGUUUGGAGCACAGUUGAGUCAGCGGUAUGAAAGCACGCAGAAAGGAACGGCAAAGAUGGCUGCUGAUUAUGAGAAAAUUCGAAAGGAAUUACGGAAGGAGGUUGAAGCCAACGAAAAGUUACGCAUCGAGAAACGUCAGGUGGAGAUGACUAAUGAGCAGUUGAAGAAGGAGAUGGAGAUUGUAAAAGCAAAGUCGGAGAUAGAAGAUGACAGACGAUCGAACGCUGGUAUGGGCCAUGGGUUGGAUAGCAAGGGCUGGACAAACGCCGUCGCAACCAGGAUGUAUGAGGAGAAGGUCAAGGCACUGCAAAAUGAUCUGGAGAAAAAGAAUGGCAUGUUGUCUGACAUGAAGACAUUGCUUCGAGAUGCUGCCCAGAGAGAAGAGAGUCUGGUACAACAGCUAGAUGAAAUGAAUGAAAAGAUUGUGGUAUUGGAACGUUUCCCGCAAGGCGCUAACAUCAGUGACCAUGACCUGAUGCAGCAGUUCCAGCAGAUGAGGCUGAGGGUGGAUCGCCUGGAGAACGAGAAACGUGAACUGCUGCAUGAGUUGAAGAUGUCUAGGCAUCAGGAUCGAGGCUCAGAUGAGACACCGACGGAGGACAUGUUAGCGAGGCUAGCUGCAUCUGAUCGAGUUCUUAAUGAAAACGUCGAGCUCCGUCUGCAACUAAAAACACUGCAACUCGACAAAGACAAGUCAGGGAUGGAAGUGAAAAGGUUGAAAGAAGAACUGUCCAACUUCAGUCCGGAGUUUUUCGAAGAAAUUGAGGAUCUUAAAUUCAACUUCAAGGAAGCCAUUCAGAAAAAUGUGCUUUAUGAGGAACAAUUGAAACAGUUUUCACAACAGUUUGGGGUGUCUGUGAACAUUCCAGGAUUGUGAAUAGAUGCACCAACCAGUUUCACUAUGUAUGACGUCACGAAUAGAUGGAAUUUGCCCUAUCAGUCAAUACAGUCUGGUUACUGCCUUCAGUCUGUGAAGUCAGUCUUUCAAGCCGAUAUUGUUGUGUGUACACUGGACUUCAGACAACUGUGAUGAGCUUAGAAAAUGGCUCUUAGUUUUGAACUGUAGUGAGAAUCUUUAAAUAUUUUUUAAAUGGAGAUAGUUUAGUCCUUUUAAGUUUAGUUUAGUUUAGUUUAAAACAGUUUUUGUUGACUUAGCUUUUCUGUGCAGAGAACCUGUAUAAAUAAUGCAGAUGUAUGUAGUGCCAUGUAUUCUUGAUGUCUACUUCAAAUCGUUUUUGAAAAGGGAGUCCUCAAGAAAAUUUUUUGCAGGACCCACUGUAUGUAGUUCAGUAGUUUUGUAAUCCGAAAUACGUGUAGGUCAGCCUGUGACCACAUGACGUAGUUUCUUUUCAAAUAGCAAGUCCAAAAAUUUAUCUAAAAGCCACAGCCCAUGGAUUACCUUUCAUGCAAGCUUUUGUCAAAUUUUGUAUUGGCUGCCUUCUCGCUACACAUACCGUCCAAGCCACUGAUCUUUCUUUAUGAUUUGAUUAUCAAAAGUGUUGUCUAUUUUUGUCUCAUGAUCCCUGGGUGUCAAUCAAACUGGUUUUGUGUCUGUGCUGUGCACAGCAAGACAGAUUCAGGGCUGUAAAUUGCAUGCGAGAUAUUUUAUUUGAAUGUUGAUGUAAAUAAUAACCGAUUGUUUUGUCAUGAUGGUAUUGAGUGACAGUAUUCUACUUAGAAAUGAAUUUUAUACCUGUACUGUAUUGCCUUUAUAACUUGGAUUGAUAUGGAAGAGAGAAAUCAGGGAGUGAGAAGACCAUCCAAAUCAAAAAGCGUCCUUUACUUUACAGCAAAUCGAGAUUAUCUUUGAAGUGACUGAUUAAUAAAGUUUAUCACAGUAUCAUUAUGUAGUUAUGUAAUUAUAUCAAUAGGAAUUAGAAUUUUGUUCUUCCAGUAGAAUACAUUUUUUGUACUGGUAAAAUAAACGAACAAAG